AGUUGCACAACUUAACCAACUAUUCUAACAACUCUCUAACCCACUCCAUCAUCAAUAAAACUCCUCUCCUCUUAUCUCUUCUCUUAGCUUCUUUCCUCAACCAACCUAACCCUCUUUUUAUCUUUGGGUUUAAUUUGCCUUUCACUUCUUUCUUUCUUUUCCUCAGCUAAAUCAUUCUGCCUUCUUCCCAAAGCCAAUCCCCAAAACCACACAUAGUAUAUAUAUAUCAUCACCACCACUUUCCCUUAAUUGGUUGUAGGGUUGAGAAGCCAUGAGGUACCCUAUAGACAAGUUUGUGAUGUUCCCCUUCUCCGUUGGCUGUGAUUCUAAGCUCGAUGUUGCGUCCACCACUAGCCAUUCCAAGAAGAAGAAGAAGAAUUCUUUAGCUUCGGCUUUCUCUGAAGCAAAGGAAAGACAAGAAGGAGAGGAGGGGGCUGCAGCAUCCGGGGAGAGAAAGAGGAACGUUUGGGGAUUCCCCAAAGCAGCCAGAUUGAAGUUGAUAAGGGGCCUCAAGAGUCUCUCCCAAGUGUUUGUUUACAAAGAAGAAAGUGAAGAAGAUGAAGAAGAAAAGGAAAUGGAAAUAGGGUUUCCGACAGAUGUGAAGCAUGUGACGCAUAUCGGAUGGGAUGGAUCAACUACGGUCAACCCAAUCAAAGGUUGGGAAAAUCUUAAAGCCCCAGAAAUUGUUUCUUUUCCUUCAACAAUUUCUAUCAAAGAAUUUGAACUUGCCAUGGCUGCCCAGGCUAGUGGUGAUGAGCAUCAACCAAAGUGUGUUAAUACUUCCAGCUUUGCUUCAUUGUAAGGAAACUCCUUUAUGCAUACAAUGUUGACACAUGAAACAUAUGUAAAGAUUGGUAUCAUAGCUAGGUUGCAGUUUCGUACAAUUUUUUUUUAAACAUUGAUAUUUUCAACAAUUUUUUUGGGGUUGUGGUUGUACUAUGAGAUCAUGAAUUUGCAUUUUAGAUGAUAGAGAUGGUUAAAAAAACAUUCACUAGCUAAGUA